UUGUGUGUGUGUGUAGCUGUUCUUCCGCGUGCGUGUGACAGUGCGGUGGUCGCAAACGAAAACGUCUGCGAUGCAGUGUGAAUAAUUAUUUUGCUCUUUCAACGUGUUGUUUAAGACUAAAAAAAUCAUUGACUAAAAAGGAGAAAUAAAGUGUGAAGGCGACGGGACGCUUGUUCCAUAUAAAAGAAAAUGUCGUGGCUAACGGGAACAGUGAUUUUAUUGUGUCUGACUUUUGGCCUCUCACAUGCGAGUCUCGAAGAACCUACACCGACCACCAUCAAGGAUCAUGGAGUGCCCCGGUUAGAUUUAGAGAGUCUUGAAAGCGGAUAUCAUGGAUUGGUGAAAGAAAAUGAAUCUCUGGUUGAGGUGACACCGCAGAUUCGCGCUUUGGGAGCCAAGAUUUGCUCUUUUCAUAUUGCCAACAAACAUCAUGGUGAAGCGCCUUUUGAAAUUUUACUGAAAGAAAACGGCGUUGCAAAGCUUAAGGCACUUCGAGUUUUGAAUUGUGAAAAAAGACGCAACUACAAAUUUGAUAUUGCUGCUGUCGCUUGUAAUGGUGCCCAAUCAGAAAGCGCCGCUGUGCAUAUAACAGUCGUCGAUGUGAACGAAUAUGCUCCACAAUUUUUGCAACCGGCCUACGUCAGUACAGUUGAUGAGGGACGUCUUUAUGAGGAAGUUGUUCGUGUUGAGGCAUCCGAUCGUGAUUGUACACCAAAAUAUGGCGAUGUUUGCAAAUAUGAAAUUCUCACUGACGAUCAACCAUUCACAAUUGACAAUGAGGGGGCAAUUAGAAAUACCGAACCAUUGGAUUAUGAACGAUCACACAAUUAUAUAUUGAGUGUUGUCGCUUAUGAUUGUGGAAUGAAACAAUCGGCACCGGCAAUGGUCACCGUAAAAGUAAAUCGAGUUUGUUCACCUGGAUGGCGUGGUGUACCCGAAAGAGUUGAUUAUGCCGCUGGCGUUGGUUCACAGCCUCUUUUACCAUCGGCAAGAUUGGAACUUUGCGAUGCUCCAUGCACAUUGAGAAGUUUACGUACCACAUUGAGUUUGGCUACCGAUCACAUUGGAAAGGGUUGCGAUCGUGACACAUACAGUGUUCAGAGUCAACGUAAAUUGUGCGGCGCCUCAAGGGACAGUGUCGAUCUAUUGCCAACACCUGGACCAUCGACAUCUUGGACGUCGUUGCUUUCGAGGGACGAGGGACGUGAGGCUGAUGAGAUUUUUGAAUUUGACGGUGCCAAUUCAGCUGCUAUUGUGCCCAAUGAUGUUUUGGAGCAUGCGCUUGCUCAGAAAUUCACCAUUGGCGUUUGGAUAAAACAUCGUCCAAGACCAAGACAAGAUCCACAUGUUAAGGAACAUAUUUUGUGUGCUGCUGAUGAUCACAAAAUGAAUCGACAUCAUUAUGCGCUGUUCAUUCGAAAUUGCCGAUUAAUUCUUCUGCUACGUCGUGACUUCUCGGAGGGUGAUCCAAAUAUAUUUCGUCCAGCUGAAUGGCGUUGGAAAUUGGCACAGGUAUGUGAUGACAAAUGGCAUCAUUUAGCAAUUCAAGUUGAUUUUCCAAAAGUAACACUCUUUGUGGACGGCGAAGAAUGGCAUACAAACGAAAAGAAUCCCGAGAUUAUUGACGAUUGGCCACUACAUCCAGCUAAGGGAAUCAAUACAACAUUGGUGGUUGGCGCUUGUUGGCAAGGCUCCGAUAACAAGACAAAACAUCAUUUCCGUGGUUAUUUAGCCGGUCUCUCAGUGUUGGUUGGCCGUAAUGAAAAAGCCGAAGUGCUUUCUUGUUUGCGUCAUUGUCAAGAGGGCAUUCAUGUGCCACCGGUUGAUCUUUUACAACCUGGCAUUGAACUAUUGACAAAUUCCGAUAUGACUGAGGUACGAAUUAAUGGCGAUAAUCGUACUAAUGUUGAAAUUCUCCUUCGUCGUAUUGGCUAUUCGAAUACACGUCGUUUUCCAACGCCAGGUCGUCGCAAUUUCCGUCUCGAUACAAUAAUAAAAUGUGAGGGCGCACCAUCGAGACCAUUGGUAAUACCAUCGAUUCAAUCGUAUGUGACUGUUUUACCACCGCCACGUCCCGGUAUCAGUGUCAAUGGUACUGGUUAUGUUGCACGUGAAUACACUGAUUUUCGUCAGGGUGUUCGCGUGUUUCCCGAUGCAAAAGUAACUGCCGGCUCAGCAGCAAGGCUUGAUGCAUGUGCAGUGAGUGUUUAUCCAAGUUUAAAUCCAGAUCAUGAGACACUUGAUUUACCAGGCGAUGCAUUGAGAAGAUUUCAUAAUAUUGCAGCGCGAAUUGAUCGCGAUGGUGUUGUACUCUCGGGCGCUGAUUCGCCAAGAAAUUAUCAACAAUUGAUACGUUUGAUUGUCUAUACAAAUCGUAAGCCGGCUUAUUAUUUGGAUAGAGUAUUUAAAUUAACGUGCUCUGAAUUGAGUGAUCGUUUUGCGAGUAAUGAAUAUAUACAAACAUUGGCUGUAAUUCAUCCAAAGGAGAAGACAACUCUUGUGCCGCAUUCAACGUCAAAUGAACCGCCAAUGGCAAAAAUUGUUGAACCAGCACCGGGACAUGCACAAUUGUCACGACAUCACGCCGAUAUUUCCGAUGAAUAUUCAACGUCAACAUUGCAACAUGAGAAUGGUAGGACAAUUGUUGGUUCGGGUGGUAGUCAUGCUGUGACAAUUGUUGCAGCGGCUUGCAUUGGAUUUUUAUUAUUAAUGGGCGUUGUUGGAGCGGCAAGAGUUCGUGGUGCUUCUAAACGAAGACGCACAGCUGGCGAUGAACUCACUGCCGAGACGGAAAUGGCUUGGGACGAUUCGGGACUUGCAAUCACUGUCAAUCCAAUGGAUCGAUUGAAUGAUGGCAAUAAUGGCCAGCAGGAUCAUCGCGAGGAUGAUAUUGAUGAUUCGGGUAGUUCCGAUUCAGAUGAGGGCUCAUUUCGCGAUGACGAUCUUGAUACAUCGGAUUGUGAGAAUGAUUGUGAAUUAAAUGCAGGACGACAUCAUCGAGGUCAUAAUGCACCUCACGAUCUUGAAUGGGAUCAUCGUGUCGUCUAAUGAUGCGCAAUUAAAAAUCAUCAUUUAUCAGUACGGUUUUAAGGAGAGUACUGACACUCAGCGCAAUUUAAUUUUUAUUUUAUUUUUUUUUUUUUUUAGUUUCAUGAUCUCAUCAAACCGUUGAACACUCUCUUUCUUCUUCUUGGUCCCUAAUUUUUUUAUUUAAAAAAAAAAAGUCUACACUAAAUUCACCGUUUUUUUUUUUUUUCAUUAUUUGGAAAAAAUAGUUGAGUGCCUCAAGAUAAUUCUAAAUUCAGAAAGAAAAAAUAAUUUAAUGUAGAUUUUUUUUUCGUGCAUUUAUUUUUCGAAACUCAAUAUUAUUUGUGAUCAGGAAAACUUUUUAAAGAAACAAAUUUUAAAUAGAUGAAAAAAAAAAUGCGCUCUGCAUGUACGAUGCGCUAAGUAAACUUGACUAAACAAACAAAACUGAGAUGCAAGAAAAAGUUUAAAAACUUAUUGAAGAGAGUCGACUGAAUUACAUUUAUAUAAUGGAUAUGCAUUUAUUCACGACUUUUAAAAAGCUUCUUGAUCCAACUUUCUUUAAUGCAUUCUUGAAGAUAACUUUUUUUUUUUUUACUGCAUUAAAAACUCCAGAGUUAGGUUUUCGAUAUGAGUCCGAAAAAAAUUUUUUCUUUUUUUUCCCCAAAUAAAAGUCCCUGGGCACAAAAGAAAAAAAAAAUUGCACAAAAACGAAGCACGUAUAAUUUGAGCACAAGUCAGUUUUUUUCAAUAUAAAUCGAGAGAAAGACAAAAGAAAGAAAGAAAGAAAGAAAGAAAGAGAGAGAGUGAAAGAGAGUAUUUUCGAAUUAAUUUUUCGAUAUCAGAGAUGAUUGAUCUUAUAAAUAGAGACCUAGACAAAUUGUGUUCUUUAGCGGUAGGUGAAAGUGUCAUAUUGUAUCCGUCCCCGUAGAUUUGCAUUUGUAGAAAGAUAAACCGUUAGUACUCUACUUAAAGAACCGAUGGGAAAAAAAAAAAAAAAAAAAAAAAAUUUAAGAGUGCAGGACGCUUUAUCUAAAUAGUUAACUCUUUCUACCUGCAGUAUCUAUUGCUCCAGCGAUAGUGGCGUGAAAAAAAAAACGACGUUUUACGAGACGUCAUUAUAUGUUUACAAUUACCUAAUUUAUAUUCUUGAAUCCUAUCGACUAUAUUAUAAUUAUUACGUUAUUAUAUAAUUAUUAUUACAAUUACAGUAGUAGCUGGGAAGGGAACUUUUUUACACUCCUAAAUAUUGUCGCUCCUAUAUAAUAUUAAAAAAAGGAAAAAAAAAAAAAAAAGAUUAUAACUAUUGCUACUGAAGCUAGUUGUAACGUCAACUGCUGUUAGAAUUUACUGUUAUUGUCGAUAAAAACAAAAAAAUAGAAAGUCAGCCUCGGUAGUAAUAAUGCAAAGGCAAAAAAGCAUUAAACGAGCAGCCGCACUAUUUUAAUUAUCGAGAGACCUGUACCAAUAUUUGAUCUCACGGAUUUAUUGUUUUUUAUUUAUUUUCUUUUUUUUUGCAAGAGAUGAACUCUAUUUGUGUGAACACAAAUAUUUUCGGGGCGCAAUUUAAAAAAAAAAAAAAAAAUAUUUAGGUUUAUGAAACAAAAAUAAAUCGGGCAAUGCGUAUUAUAUUCAGUGAAGGAUUUUUUUUUCCAAAAGAGACUGAUCAAAAAAAAAAAAAAAAUGCAAUACUUUUAGAAAAAAUCAAUAUGAUAUAAUAAUUUAUAUAUUAUUAUUAAUGAAUAAUAAUUAUUGGAUUAAAAAGAACAAAAAAAUUAUAAAAAUCGUCUUCCAUUGCUGACAUAAUACGCUGUCCCCGUUUUACAAUAUAUAUAUAUAUUUUUCCUGAAUGUUUCUUUAUUGGAAGUGUGCAAUUGUUUCGUUAAUCCGAACUACUAAAGCUGCGCGCUUAAACAUGAAAAAAAAGCAAUCGCACUUUAUUUGCGAAGCUGUGUUUGAAAGGUUUUAGUUUUAUAUAAAUAUAUAUAUAUAUAUUAUACAAAUAGUUAUAUAUGUAUACAUAACUCUCGCUUUAGAUAAACUCCACUGACUUUGUUGAAAGUCACUGACGUUUAAUCAUAAAAGUUGACUUUGUAAAAAUCCUUUUUUUUAAAUAAUAGCUAAAAAUAUUUAAAAAACCAUCAAUAAUAUUGUCUUAAAAAUAAUAAUAAUAAUAAUAAAAUAUUGAAAUAUUUAUAAAUAAAAAUGUAAAUUUACAUUUUUUUUUUUUUUUUGAAAAAAUAAUUUAUAGUAUUUUUUAUUAUAUAAAAUUAAAAAUAAAUAUUUCAUUUUAAAGUGAAAUAAAAAAAAAAUUUUAAACAAUUGAAAAUAAAUGAAAAUGAGAAGGGGAAAAAAAAGGGAUUUUUAUAAAUUCAUCUUUUUUUUAAUCACAAAACAAAAUAUGGAUUGUACUCCUAGCGAUAUAGGACAUCAGGCAGUAUUUGACAAUAUAAAUAGAAAACAAGAAAAGUUGUAAAAAUUACAAUAUGUUUAAUCUCAACAAGAAAAAAAAAAAAAAAAAAAAAAAUCUUAUUGGAUUUUAGUAAAUUCAGCACUUGAAAUUUCUCCGCAAAAAUCAUCAUUAUUAUUGGCCUGCGAAAAUAAGGCCAAGUGUCUGUUAAGAUAGAAGAUUGGUUUUCUGUGUAAUUUUUUUUUUUUUUUUUUUUUCGCAAUCCCAGUGUCCACUUGAAAAUGGAGAGAAAAAUUUUCAUACACUCAAAAAGUAGAUCAUAUUUUAAAAUAAUUUUUCUACUAUUUUAAUUAUUUACAUACUGUAAUUUUAUUUUAGUUUUUUAUAAGUAGAAAAUAAAUUUAUAGUUUCUUUUUAUAAGUACAAAAAUGAAUUUGAUAAUUUUUGUAAAAAAAUUUUAUCCUAAAUGAAUUAUGGAAUAAUUUUCCAAAAAAAAAAAAAAAUUAAUUUUAAAUGAAUAUAUUAAAUUUUAGGUAGUAAAAAAAAAAAAAAAUUGCAAUGGCCUAGAGUUGAAAAAAAAGUUUAUCACAAGAUUAUGCAAAAAGAAAGAAAAGAAAAAUUAUUGAGAAAACCAAAUCUUGUAUCGUGAUGGACCAAAAACCUCGCAGACCUCAUUUUUAUGUCAAUACUGCCCGUAGUCUUUGUUUUUUUUUUGUUUUUUUUUUUUUUGAAAGGUCGAAUGUAAUGCGUAUUUAGAAUCGUAUCGAUCAAAUGUGUAGAACUAAAAUUUAUGUAUGAAUAAUCUAUAUUCAUAAAAAGUAUAUGAUAAUUUAUUUUUCCAAUGUGCAUAUCAUAUCAUUUUUAUAAGAAGUUUGUCAGAUCUGAAGGCUUUACACCAUAACUCGAAAUAGCAGUUUAAUAGCGUGGAGAUUAUUCGCCAUUUAUAUAAUAUUAAUAUUUUAAAUUAUUGUAAUUAUAUUAUUAUAUAUAAUAUGCUUUUUAACUAGUUUCUUCAUUGUGUUCUCGUCUUAAUUAUUUAAGGAUUUCUCUUGUAAUUAUUAUUAUUUUUUUCUAACCCUCUUACCGGCUAGAACAAGAGAACAGAGGAAAAGGAAUAAAAAAAAAAAGAAGAAUUUUAGCUAUUUUGUGAAAAAUGAAUUUUAUUAAUUUGCAAAAAGAAAAAAAAAAGGAAAGCUCCAUAAUGUGCUGCGUCGAUUAGAUGUAAGGGCUAAGUUUAUAAAUAGAAAUAGUACAAUCGUGUGAAAAAAAAAUUCAGUCCAAAUACGUGUGUAUAUUCACGUAGCAAUGCCUAAAUUUUCUACUUUUUCUUAGUGGUCGUCGCUUUAUUUUUUGAUUUACAAUUUCUAUUGAAAAAAAAAAAAAAAAAUCUCUACUAAUACUUGAGAGACAAGAAAUAAAAAAAAAAAAAUUCAUAUUGGUAUUUGUGUGAAAAUUAUCAGGCAUUUUAGGUGUUUGCGAUGGUGUCUGUAAUUUUCAGAUCCUAGUUAAUAAAAAAAAGAAAUUGUUUUCUUAAAAGGAUGUUCCACAAAAAAAAAGAAAAAAAAAACUACUCGAAUGACGUAAUAGAUAAAUAACUACGUAAAAAAAAUUCUCGACUACGUAAAAUUGUACUAGAUAAAUCUAAAGAAAGAAUCUAUUAAAGAUAAUAAUCAAUCGAUCGGCUGAACUUUAUAACAAAAAAAAGAAGUGUUGCAGACUAGACUGGCUUUUAAUUCAUGGUUCGGAUUUAUGAAUAAUCUAUAACACGAGUGUUGUACAGUCAUCAAUGUAUAUGUACUUAAUUAAGCUGUGCGGACAAAAAUAGGGGGUAAAAAAAAAAAUCAAAUUAAUACAAGAGUUUCUCAAAAAAAAAAAAAUUAUUUAUAAGAAACACAAUUUAAUUUAAUAAUAGUAAUUAAAAUUAUAAAUAUAAUUAAAUAAUUAUCAUUUAAUUAAAUUAAUUAUCAAUUUUGAUAAUUAAGUAUUAAAAAACAAAGUAUUUGCAAAAGUAUUCAAAACAAGUAUUUUCAAAGCAACGUUUUUAAAAUUGUUGAUUUGAAUUUUUUAUGAAGUUAAUUUUUCUUCUAUUUUUACUUUUUGAGAGGCUCUUGACAGAAAAAAAAAAUUCGAAUGUAAAUUUUUACAAUAUAUGACAUCAAAUCUUUUUUUUUUAUUUAUUUGUGUGCUCGUGAACAAAAAAAAAAUCAUAUCAAAUUCGACUAUAAAAAGAAAAAUUCUAGAAAUUACUGUCGUCUACCAUCUCGAAGGAGAGAGAUCUAUUCACUGAGAAUAAUUAAAUGUGUGUACGUGAAUCACUUUAUAAAAAAAAAAUUAAUAAUGAUGUUUAGUAAAUUAAGAAAUAAAUUCUUCUUUAAAAAUUAUAUUAUACAUAAUGUAAUUGGAAAAAUUUAUCGAUUUUGAUGUAACAAAAAAAAAACAAUUUUUUUUGUCAGGGGGAGGGGAGAAAAACUGAGUUCGUCGCACGCUAGUUUAAAAAAAAAUGCAAAGGGUGUUAAAAUACAUGUUUAAUAAUAAUUGAAGAAAAAAAGAAAGGAAAUUACACACACAAACACACACCUAACCACGCGCGUAUGCAACACACCGCAAGUGACACUUAAGUAUGAUGAUAAACGCAGGAUUACUAAUAUACAUAUUAUAUUAUGAAGGAAAGCAAAAAAAAAAAAAAAAAAAAUAUAUAUAUAUAUAAAUAAAUAUAUAUAUAUAUGCAUUGAAAUGUGUGUAUAUAUAUAUUAAUGUUACGAUAUAAACUAAUCAACACUAUUAACGAUUAUGAAUUAGCUAGGCUGUACUGAAGUAUUCUUAUGAGCUGACUAAAUUCCCUCCCAUUACAUACCAAUGGAUUGUGUGUUAACUAAUAAGAUUUAAAUAUAAAAAAAAGAAAAGAAAACAGAAAAGAAAGAAAAUAAAAUGUAAUAAGGAAUUUAAUUAUCAUGGAUAUUAAAAAAAGAUGUCCGCUAUAUUGCUACAACAUCUUUCUUCGAACAAAAAAGAGACGCAGUGUAAAACAUAAUUUACAUUAAAAAAAAAAAAAAUAAUAAAUAAAAACACCCUGAGUUAUUCAGUGGCGUUGUCCAUGGCGCACAUGAAUGUCAAAUUAUCUUUUUAAUUCACAAAUAAAUGAAAGAAAACAAUAAAAAAAAAAAAAAAAAAAGAUGGUUCGACAACAGUGUAUUAGCAAUAGUAAUACCAUACCAUAUUAUAUGCGGAUAACACUGCACAUGCUAGAAAAAAAAAAAAUGAAAUAACUAUCCGAACGACACAUACAUAUUAUAAAUAUUAUUAAGGCGUCGUGUAUUUGUUUAAUAAAGGUGUACAUUCGAAA